ACUCUCCAUCAUUGUAGUUCCCCAGCAUUUUCGUCCAGUUCAACUUCAAUAUGAGCCAGCAAUCGAGCGAAGUAUUCAACAUGUGGGUGGAGGGGAAAGAAAUUCCGGGGAGUGCGGAUCAACUUGCCAUUGAAGAUCCUGCAUCUGGAGAGAUCUUUGCUCAUUGCCAUGCUGCUACUGCGGAAGAUGUUGAGCACGCUGUGCAAGCCGCACAGAAAGCCUUCAAAUCUGGUGUCUGGUCUAAAGCCCCACGUCACGUUCGCGCCGACACCCUCGACAGGAUUGCAGAACUUCUCACAAGCAAGAUGACAUCUCUCAUCGAACUCGAAGUACGCCAGACUGGCCGUGCGAUCCGAGAGAUGAAUGCGCAGGUCCCGACCCUUGUAAAGUGGUUCAAGUACUACGCCUCGCUCAUCAGAACCGAGGAGCGUUCUGUUCUGCCCACUAUGGGCAAGUUGCACAACUGGAUCGAUCGCAAACCUCUCGGCGUAGUUGCGCAAAUUACACCUUUCAAUCACCCUAUGCUCAUCGCUGUCAAGAAGAUCGCACCUGCGCUGGCAGCUGGUAACUCGAUUGUCUUAAAGCCCAGUGAGCUCACUCCUCUCACCAGCAUCGAGCUCGGAAAGCUAUUCAAGGAAGCCGGUUUGCCGGAUGGCGUCUUCAAUGUACUACCCGGCGACGGUAUUACCACAGGGAAAGCACUGGUCGACCACCCGCUCAUCAAGAAGGUUGACGUGACAGGUGGAACACCUGCUGGCCGAGCGAUCGGUGCGAUCGCUGGAAAGAACCUUGCAGCCUACACUGCUGAGCUAGGUGGGAAAGCACCACUCAUCAUCUUCGAGAAAGCUCACAUCGAUCUCGCGGUCAAUGGCAGCGUGUUUGCGAGUUUUAUCGCAAGUGGGCAGACCUGCGUUGCAGCGACCCGAAUCAUCGUGCAGAACAGCAUUCUUGACCAGGUGGUGGAGAAGCUGAAGAGCAAGGUGCAGAGCAUCGAAAGGAGAAUGGGCUCACCCAAGAAUGUCGAAUCUAUGAUGGGACCUCUCAUCUCUGCAAAGCAGCUCGUCAACGUGCGCACACUGGUUGACGAUGCAGUCGAAGGUGGCGUGAAGGUCGUCACAGGCGGCCAAAGAAUGACGGGUACUUCCUCUUUAGACGGAACCGACUUCUCUAAAGGCUACUUCUUCCCACCCACCAUCCUCGCCGAUAGCGCAACAAAGAAGAUCAUCGACACCCGGAUCUGGAGAGAAGAAGCAUUUGGUCCCGUGAUAGUAGUCGUCGGUUUCGACACCGAAGAAGAGGCACUCGAGCUCGCCAACGACAGCGAGUUCGGUCUGGGCGCUGCGAUAUGGACGCAGGAUCUAUCACAGGGCUUCAGAGUCUCAGAGGCUAUUGAGAGCGGUAUCUGCUGGGUCAACACGCAUCAUCGCAAUGACCCUAGCAGUCCGUGGGGUGGCAUCAAGAGCUCGGGAGUUGGGAGCGAGAACGGUAUUGAUGCUUACCACGCGUAUACCUCGGCCAAGUCUACGAUUAUCAACUAUGCUACUGCGGAAGAAGGUCUGGCGAGCGAUGACUGGUUCAGGGAAGGUACGGGUGAAGUCAGGUAUGGUUGAUUAUGUACGCUGGUUGUGAUCUCGCGCAAUACAUUGUUCAUGUGGAG